ACGCAGUCAAACCAGCUCCGUGCUCAUCAUGUCUGCCAAUCUUCUAGGCGAUCUCGUUCAUCGAAUGCAGCCAAAUGCUCUGGAGCGUGUAUCACAGGCGUUGGAUGCUCACAUCAACUCCAAGACUCGAAAGGAAGAUGCGCUUCUCGACAUCCUGCUUGCCGCGUUCCAGGAGUCGGAAAUCGAACGUCAUCGGGCCUUCGAACUAGUGGAUGCAGCCGAAGCCGAGCGGAAGGCCCGUCGCAGAGCCGACGUCGAGAAGAAGGCGAAGGAGAGAGCAGCCAAGAAAGCCGGAAAGGCUCAACCUUCAGACAGGUUGGCUGCCACCCCGUCCUCAGGGAAAGCUAGUCCGCGCAUGGUGGAAGAAGUUACUCAAAAUGUCUCCCCAUCCGCUGCUGAAGCAAUCUCCCAGACAUCAGUUUCUAUCGUGCCACCGAUCGUCGUAACAACUCAGCAAAGCAGGUUUCAUACCGAAACUAUUAUCACCGCCUCGAAAGAGAUCGAUCUCAAAGGCUUGAACCUUGCCGUUGGCAAGCUCGAGCUUCUCGAAGAUGCACUCCUGCGCCUCAAGGAGGGCGUCAAAUAUGGGCUUGUCGGACGAAAUGGUACCGGAAAGAGCACGUUGUUGUAUGCGCUCGGCGAAGGAUUGAUACCCGGUCUUCCUCCGACGUUGAAGAUUAUCCUCGUGAGCCAAACCGCAGGGGUGGAGCGAUAUGACCUCGAAACCAACCCGGGAUAUGGGGCGCAGGACGCUCUUCAUUUUGUCCUCGAUAGCGACCAUGAACGAAAACAGGUUGCAGAGGACUUCGCGAUGCUCUCCAAGAUCAUGGAAUCGGACAAUCCUUCGCCUCAGGAAGUACAUAAAGCCGUUUCCUCGAUAUAUGUAGCUCGCAAGAGAGCCGAGCUGGAAGAUGCUCAACGCAUUGCGUCGAAGAGGAGCGGGGCUCGGGGCGCCGACGCCAGGAAGCGCUUGCUUGUAGUCGAAGCUGAAUUGGCGGCGGAGGAGAAACGCGCGAACAUGACCGAUGGCGACGGCAUCUACACCCUCGUGGAUGCAGCGCACCUGGUCGCAGAACUGUCUGCGGCUCUAGACCUGAUGGAGGCUGCGACGGCUGAAUCCCGUGCUCGCACUGUGCUCCAGGGGCUCGGUUUCCAACAAGAUCAAUUCUCGCGGCCUGUUUCGUCCUUCUCGGGAGGAUGGCGUUCGAGGCUCGCCCUCGCCUCUGCCCUCCUUCGACGAGCAGAUGUGCUACUGCUCGACGAGCCCGUCAAUUAUCUUGAUAUUCCUGGUGUUCUAUGGUUGGAACGAUUUGUCUUGGACCUACCCGCGACCGUCGUGAUUGUCAGCCACGAUCGAGCGUUCUGCGACGCAAUAUCCGAAGAGCUUAUCAUUAUCAGGGAGAAAAAGCUGAGAUACUUUGAAGGUAACCUCUCAUCAUACGAAUUGCAAGAGUGGAAGAAAUACAAGAAGACGUCCAAGCAGUUGGAAGCACUGGACAAGAAGAAGGCUCAUAUACAGAAAACGAUUGAGGAAGGUCUACGGUCUGCCAAGAAGAACGGGGACGAUAAUCGCCUGCGGAUGGUCAAGAGCCGGCAACGAAAACUCGAUGAACGAUGGGGUCUCGAAAGAAACGCGGCUGGCCACCGUUUCAAGCUGAACCGUGAUUUUGGAGGCUACCACGAGACAAACAGAGCGAUGCCCACUCUUGAAGGCCCCGAGAAGGCCAUCGAAUGGUAUUUCCCAGAUCCUGAGCCGCUGCGGUUCCCUGGUGCACUUGUGCACCUUGAGAGCGUGUGCUUUCAAUAUUCAGGCGCGAAGGCACCUACGUUGUCGGAUAUACGGCUGACAAUAGAUAUUGGUGAUCGUGUUGCACUCGUUGGACCGAAUGGUCAUGGGAAGACAACGUUGAUAAACCUUGUUACGGGAGUGACAAAGCCGACAGCGGGCUCUGCUACCUUCCAUCCUCAAGCACGUAUCGGCCACUACACGCAGCACGCUGUCGAACAGCUGGCACAAGUGCAGACAUCCGCGUUGAAGCACUUCAUCGAAUACACCUCCGCCGCCGAGAGCGACGCUCGGGCCAUCUUAGGCAUGCUCGGGCUCACAGCACGGACCGCGGAUGCACAGCCGGUCUGCGCGUUGAGCGGGGGGCAGAGAGUAAGACUAGCGCUGGCGAAGGUUAUCUGGACAGCGCCGGAUUUGCUCGUCCUCGAUGAAGUUACGACUCACUUGGACGUUGACAGCAUUGCGGCGCUCAUUGAUGCUUUGCGAGCUUACGGCGGGGCGAUCUUGCUGGCGUCUCACGACCGGCAUGCCGUUCGUACCAUCGUCGAGGGAGCGCCUCUUCCGCAAGACGAUGAGGACAACCCACAAUCAAACGAGACAGGCGAAGACGCAGGUGCAUCCGCGCCAGGUAAGACCUAUGUCAUGCUUCAUGGGAAGCUGAAGCUGCUCGAGCGAGGGGUGGAGGAAUACGCGGAACUAGUCGAGCUCAGUGUAGGAACGUAAGGAUGUUGCAAUGAUCGUACCGAUGCAAUGGCGG